AUUUAGUUUCUCACGACGAUUUGUUACUUAACUUGUAUGUUUAAAAUUAAGCAAAAAACACUAGGGUGUCUUCAACCUGCUGUUAAAAAAGGCUUUUGUUUUCGGUAGAUUUUGAUUUUGGCAACAUAGCAGACGUAUAACUCAAAGGUUCUUGGGUCUAUUUGCUGAGUAUACCCUGGGUAACACAAAGCAACUAAUGAAAAUGCAUAUGCAAAUAAAGAGGUGUUUUCAUCGGCUCAGCUGAACAUAUCGUAAUGCUGCGUGUGCCUAUUAAACAGUCUGGCAUCUACACGCGAUUGUCUCGACAAGGGACUUGCUACAAAUCUAAAGGAUGUCGCUGGGAUGAUUGAACUGCGAAGUCUGAACUGCCUAGAUAUGAUGACCUCUUAAUAGUCGGGGCAUUCAGGGGUCACCUUAAUGGUCCAAAAUUAUACUGAGACAGAAAGUGGCAAUGGUUUGUAGAGUUGCCAAACGGAUUGUAAAUCACGGCUUUAGAAUAAUUAGUUUAGGGUUCACAGGAAUAUAUAACAUCCACAAAAUUGUUCCGCUGGUGAUCGAUCAAGGCCACCGUAGGUCAUAUCCUGAACUGAUGAUGGCUUUGUAAGUUUGACAAGUACAGUGCAGUGUUUCCCACGUCCGGGCCAGUGACAAUCGUUUGUAAAUAUUCAGCCACGAUUAGGAAGGCAUCUGCAGUAGUUCCAUCUUGGAAACAUGAGUCCCCAGUGCCUUAAGACCUUUCUCUUGCUGGCUGUACUCUGUAUCACCACAACCAUCUCUCAGAAUGAACGUGGAAACGGUUCCGAGACCCACGAAACCUCGACCAGCAGAGACAGCCUGGGCAGGCCUGACGAUGCCAGAGGGCCGCGAACGCUGGUCCCUGGAGAGACCGAAGACACAUCGCAAUCAGGAGCUCCCGUAACAGGAGGAGGCCGUCAUCAGAGCAGGACCACCUCCCGCACCGGUACCGGUAUGGAUGCCCAUCCUCCCGGUACUGAGGACCAAGACCGGCCGGCUACACCAUCAGCGAGAACGGACGCCGAUGUGCCACCGGGCAACUUUGUCUGCCAGCCCCAUAUCACCAUCCACCCUCCGGCUGCUUCCUCCACCAACUCCGGCACAUGCUGCAACUGCUCGGCCAUAAGGGAGAUGAUCACGUCCGAGCUGGCCAGGCUCAGGGACAGUUGCCGUGAGUCCUUGGGCCGAGGGGACACGGGACAUCAACUCCAGCAACUUCACACGGCAGUAUCAGACCUCGCUGUGGUCCUCAAAGCCUUCCAAAGGCCUGGAGUACCAGUACCCGCCACUUUGGUAGGCCUGCCGAAGGAUUGCUCCGAGGCCCUGGCAAGGGGUGCAACAAACAGCGGCGUGUAUAUGGUGCAACCUCUGGACUUCUCCAGGGCGUUCGAGGUGUAUUGCGAUAUGGAGACGGACGGCGGUGGAUGGACGGUCUUCCAGCGUCGCCAGGACGGCACGGUCGACUUCGACCGCAACUUUGCCAACUACCGGCGCGGCUUCGGCGACCCAGAGAGCGAGUUCUGGCUGGGCAAUGACAACCUGCACCGACUGACCGCUCAAGACGAGUACGAAUUCAGGGUCGACCUCACCGACUUCGAAGGCAACUCGGCCUACGCCGAGUACGACCUGUUCCGCGUCGGAGAUGCCGAGGGUAACUUCCGGCUGACGGUGGGGGCGUACUUGGGCACGGCUGGUGACGCAAUGGCCAACCAUAACAACCAGCCCUUCACGACCAAAGACCGAGACAACGACAACUGGGGCACCAAGAACUGCGCCAAGGAAUACCACAGCGCCUGGUGGCACAACAGCUGCUACUACGCCUCGCUCAACGGGGACUACCUGGGCGGAACUACGGACAGCUACGGCAAAGGGGUGGUGUGGUACCAGUGGAAAGGAUAUUACUACUCCCUCAAAACCUCCGAGAUGAAAUUCAGGAUGAAAAACUGAAGACGGCGUCAAUAUUAUGAACAAGACAGCAAUGCAAAAUGUAGAAGUAAUAUACACAGUACAGAUGCACAAAAAAAUAUUGUUAACGUAGAAAACCUAAGGUUUUAACAACUUUGACAAACAAAUUUGCGUAAUUCACCAACAAUGAGUUCCCUUCCCUACUCUUUCUUGACACGUGUCCCGGUCUAUUAUCAGUGAAGCAGUACGGCACAAGACCUUGAUUGUUCUUAUCUUGUCUAUAUUCUCCUGCCAAUCUAACGUAGAAAACCUAAAGGGUUUUAACAACUUUGACAUCUAGUCAGGAGAAUAUCUUGUCUAUAUUCUCCUGGCUAGAUAGGACGGCUUUGUGUAUGUUAUCUAGUCACGGACAAACCGACAGCCGCUCUAGGCCACGGAGUUAUUUUUAUUUUAGUUUGUCCAAAUAUUUAGGCAAAACAAACAUUUACUAAUCAAUUGUCACGUGUAAGUGUAUUGUUUGUGACUUUCUGAGAAAAUUUUCGCUUACUGGCAGCUCCGAGACGUGUGCCUAAUUAAAGACAGUUGUAAAGGUCGUCAUGAAAGUGUCCACUAAACAAGGCCCAUGAAAGAAUUCAAUUGAUGACUGAUUAGUUAAUGGCGUUAUUAGAGAAUUUGAAAAUAAAAAUUGUAUGGUAUGUGUAUCCCAAAUAUUAAGCCGUAGCAGAUGAUCUGUGGUCAAUAGGUAUAGUGACCAUGUAACUUUAAAUGUUUUAACUAUUUAUCUCUGUAGUUUGCAACUGUACAGUCGAGAGAUUAUACUAUUUUUUAUUAUAUGAUUAUUAUUUGAAUGCUGUUCUAUCUACUGAUGAAAUGCAAAGUAUUUUCCUAAAGGUUCCAAUACGUACAGAAAACCACUAACAAGUAUUUGGCUAUAGGGCCAGUUCUUAAAAUCUCCGUCUGCAACAAACUUGGAAAGAAAACUAGGCAUAUACCCCGUAAUGUAUGUUGUUAGAGUUGCGCUUAUAUUUUCCAAUGUUUCUUGACCUUUCCUGAAAAGAUUUUAUCAAACACGUUCCUGAAACGACAGCAAAUACUGCACUUUUUUCAAGGACACUUAAUAGGUCUAUGUCCGACUUGUGAGCUUACCCAUUUAAGAAGAGCCUAGGCCUACGUGUAUCUUAUCAGCUGUGUCUUUGUGGGUAUCUUGUUAUCAAAUCUGCGGCGGGCAAAACCUUGAAACGUGCACGUGUUGUGCCAUGAGUUUAUUUUUAAUUCCGUCUUGGGGGUUCUGAAAACAUACUAUUCCAAAAACAAAUUCCAAAUAUACUUGUUGUCCGAGUGUUUCAACACUCAGAUAUAUGCAUUUUUGCACACGCAAAUGGACUUCAUUAUAGUAGCAGAGUGCAAUUAUGGCGCCAGUUCCCAUUCGUUCAUUGUAAACACCUGUACUGAUCGUUUUCUUCUAAAUAAAAAUGCACGUGUUUAAUUGACGAUUGCCACGGGAUAUUUUGCACAAGACCUUUGUUUUACUUCAAGGGAAGGGUUUUACAAUAAUUGGGUAUUUUUCUAAAUGAUCCGACACGGGCAUUUAAAUGAAGCAAGUUAGUACUGACGUAAAUACAAGCACGGACUGUGCACCGUUUGGAGGAAAAUUGCAGGUGUAUGAAUAUUAUUAAGAGACUUGAAAAAAAAAAUAUUUGUUUAAUAAUGACUUUAUUAUUUUUUUUUAAUUUAAAACGGCUAUCAUUUGGACAGUGCAAAAUAAAAGCCGGUGAUCGAAUUCACUUGAAUCGCAUUGCAAAAUACGAGGCAAUUUUCAUUUUUGGUAUACAAAAUUUUGAUUUACAAAAUAAAGAUGUACGAUAAUUUGCUAUCAUUUUUUGUGUGAAAUCGGAGUGUAAAGAGAAAUUUCAAAAUGUGAUUAGCCACGCAUAAUUAACAUUAAUUACCUCAACACUAUUCUAUUCAAUUAAGUUUUUGUAAUGAAUAACAUACUCUUAUGUACUUGCUGGCUUUUUGAUUAAAGGUUUUGAAAGAAUUAUUCCAA